UUGCAGUAGCGUUCGCCGCAGGCCUGAGCUUUUUCCCAGACUGUAACCCGGGGAAAGUUACGUUUGUCCGGCUGCUGUAAGCGGCUGUCCGCAGGCUGAUCGUUGUACUCGCCGGCUGCACACAGCCAUGUCCCGGAUACUAAUCGUGGGCGCCGGGCUCACGGGCAGCCUGUGUGCUUAUCUCUUAAGAAAGGAACUGCCUGGCAAACUGCAGCUUGUCAUAUGGGACAAAGCCAAGGGUGCAGGAGGCAGAAUGUCCACAAGCCGCUGUCCAUCUGAUCCAAACUGUACAGUUGACUUGGGAGCCCAGUAUAUCACCGUAACUCCAGAUUACGCACGGAAGCACAAAACAUUUCACGAUGACCUGUUGGCUCAUGGCAUUUGUAAACCCCUAAGUGCCGUGGUGGAGGGUAUGGUGAUGAAAGAUGGGUCUCGUAAUUUGGUUACACCUCAAGGAAUCUCUUCCAUCGUCAAGCAUUACCUCAAACAGUCAGCAGGUGCUGACGUCUUCUAUGAACACCAUGUAACACAGAUAAACCUUCAAGGUGGCAAAUGGCAGGUGUGCAGAAGAUCUGGAUCUCCUGAAAACUUUGAUGCAGUGGUCCUCACUAUGCCCGUCCCCCAGAUUUUACAGCUUCAGGGUGACAUUGCAAAAUUAAUUAAGGAAAGCCAAAGGCAACAACUGGAAACUGUCAGCUACUCGUCUCGCUAUGCCCUGGGUCUCUUUUAUGAAGCAGGCACACAGAUUGAUGUCCCCUGGGCAGCAAAGUACAUCACCGAUAAUCCGUGCAUACGCUUCAUCUGCAUUGAUAAUAAGAAGCGCAAUGUAGAAUCUUCAGGAAUUGGCCCAUCAAUUGUUGUCCACACCAGUGUACCUUUCGGAAUUAAACAUCUGGAGGAAGAAAAGGAAGUUGUACAACCACUGAUUUUAAAGGAGCUUAGCACCAUUUUGUCUCAUCUUCCCCAGCCCAUUGACAUCAAGUGUCAAAAAUGGAGAUAUUCGCAGGUCACUGAGGCGUUUCCAGGUUGCCCCGGCCAGAUACCGCUACACACAGAGCCGCUGCUGCUCUGCGGAGGAGACGGAUUUACUCAUUCUAAUUUUGACGGGUGCACAGAGUCAGCCUUGCGUAUUGUGGAAAUGUUAGCAUCUCGGUUAUAAUAUUGGCACGGAACAUCUAUGUACACUGUGGUUACGUGAUAACAUCACUUUUUACUAGUGGACAUUACGCAGUUGUGGGGAUAUGCUGAUUCAAUUUAUUGUUUCCUGCCCUUGGCCACGUUUUCACUGAAAGGCGUUCUAAAAAAUACUCUGAUAGAACCGACUGUAACUUUUAUAGGAGGUGUCGCUGGUUCUUCAUUGCGAAAUCAUGAAGCAGAUUUAUCAAGUUUUUUUAUGGCGCUGUAAUCAAAUAUAAAGUGAAGACCCAUUGCAUUUCCAAA